AUGAUAUCUGGUAAAGGACAAGAUGAAGUACAACACAUUAUGCUCGAAGCGGAUUCACGUAAAUUAGGAAUUGUUAAGAUAUACUUUGGAAAUAAAAUCGCAUUGCCUAACGGUGAAGUAGCCACUGGUCUUAAACUUGAGGCUAUCAACCCAAGCUUCGAUCAUGAAGUAAAAUGUAAAGCUUUUCAAUGGGAUGCUGCUCGACCGGAGCGCAAACUGGUUUUUAAUCAUGGUUUACAAUGUUUAGAACAAUCCGUAUUCCUUGACACUUAUCAAUCCGUUUUUCGUCCUAUUACCGUGGCUCUCAAAAUAAAUGUUGAUCAUGAAAUGCGAGUUAAAGAAUUCGAUCGAUUCCUUUAUGCUGGAAUGAUUGAAGUUGCCGAGAUUGGAGGUCAUGAUAUUCAGACAAAAUCUCAUUAUCGGAACUAUUCUAAGGGUAUUCAGCUAAUUCCCCCUGGUCAUCAUAAUAAGAGUGCGAAAUAUUAUAAUAACGAAGAACACCUAAUGCUAAUACUUCAUUCACACUCCAGUCCCGUGCAUCAAUUUCAAUAUCCUUGUCGUAACCAUGCAAUUUUUUUGAUGCAGUGUGGUGAGACCACCCAUACAUCUUUCGAUAUCUUUGUAUUGAGAAUUAUUAAGUGA